UUGCGGACGGGUGGUGACGUGGCGCUCGCUGAGCGGUAGGUCGGUUGCUCGGUGAGUCGGGAAGUAACUCUCAGACCGGACACCGGGAGCUGAGGCAAUAUGAGCGAACCCCACAGGCAGGACAUAGCGGCCAUCUUCAAACGGCUGCGCUCCGUGCCCACCAACAAGGUAUGUUUUGACUGUAGCGCUAAGAACCCCAGCUGGGCGAGUAUCACCUAUGGCGUGUUCCUGUGUAUCGACUGCUCCGGGACGCACCGCUCCCUGGGGGUUCACCUGAGCUUUAUUAGAUCAACAGAACUGGACUCGAACUGGUCGUGGUUUCAGCUGCGCUGCAUGCAGAUCGGGGGAAACACCAACGCCACCGUUUUCUUCCGGCAACACGGAUGCGCGACGAACGACACCAACUCCAAAUACAACAGCCGCGCGGCUCAGCUGUACCGCGAGAAGAUCAAAUCGCUGGCGACCCAGGCGACGAGGAAGCACGGGACGGACCUCUGGAUUGAUGGCUGUGCCACCCCCCCUCUGUCACCGCAGCACAAGGAAGAGGAUUUCUUUGCAUCCCACGUAGAGGUUAGUAGUACGGACUGGAGCGCCCCGCCGCCGCUCUCUAUAGCGGAGCAAUCUGCAGAUCCCAUCCCCGCAAGCAAUGAAGGCGAGCCGGAGCUCGGGCCCAGCGUGGAUCUUCUCAGCGUCUCCCCGAAAGCAGCGCUCGCCGUUUCAGGGAAUUUAGUUUGUGCGGGAAGCCCCCCUGCCAAAGACACGGUGUCCAUUAUAAAAAAGAAGCCCGCCGCAGCCAAGAAGGGGCUCGGCGCCAAGAAAGGCGGCCUCGGAGCCCAGAAGGUGAGCGGAAAGAGCUUCAGCGAGAUCGAAAAGCACGCGCAGGCCGCCGACAAGCUGAAGGAGAAGGAAGAGACGGUCGCCACCAAAAGCACGGACGAAGCCGUAGUCACCUCCUUGCGCUUGGCUUACAAAGAACUGGAAAUCCAGACGAAGAAGGAGGAUGAGAAACUCAAAAACAUGACGGGCAAAAAGAGAGCCGAAGCUGAAAGACUGGGCAUGGGAUUCGGGUCGCGCAGUGGUAUCUCGCACUCGGUGCUUUCGGAAAUGACGACGAUCGAACAGGAAGCUCCAAAAAACGCCAAACCCAAGAAACUCUACCAGGAAGAGGAGCCGGCUGAUUUCUUCUAUAGAUCCUCCCGGUCGCGGUACCGAGAUGAGGCUCCGGAACCGGUCAGUUCGUUUGGUAACUGGGAGGAUAAUUCUGAUGAUUUCUGGAAGAAGGACGGCGCCGGCAACGACACGGAGCUGAUCCUUGGGUCGAAAAUGUCAAGUUACGACGAAAGACCAGCAUCUCGACGUAAACCGGACCCAGAACCCGUCUCUACGGCGGACGACGCGCAGCGGAAGUUUGGAAACGCGAAGGCCAUUUCCUCCGACAUGUACUUCGGAAAGCAAGACAACGCAGAUUAUGAAACGCGGUCUCGGUUGGAGAGAUUGUCUGGGAAUUCAUCCAUCAGCUCCGCCGACCUCUUCGAUGAGCAGAAGCAGCAGGCGGCAGGGAAUUACACGCUCACCAGCGUCCUGCCGUCGGCCCCCGACAUGGCAAACUUCAAGCAGGGAGUGAGAUCGGUGGCCGGCCGGCUCUCUGUUCUGGCCAACGGCGUCAUGACGUCCAUUCAGGACCGCUACGGAUCGUAACUGCUGGAGAACGUCCGCCAAGCCCGGCUCCGGAUGCUUUCUUUUUUGCCGUUUCGGAUGAUUUUGCUUCAUUUUUCUUUUUUUUGUGGUGUCUUUAACUCUUUAAGUGUCUGCCGGGUACUAUAAGUCACCCCCUGGCAUUUAAUGGGUUAAAAAAGGCACCUCCAUGCCACUAAGUGCUCGUCAGUAGGUGAGCUGGGGGCUGUCCGCCCGACUCCAUGUCACUCUUCGUCCCGUGUCCCUACAUACGUGUAGCAUACGUGGUAAUGUGCCUUAAAGCGGGACCGCUUAGAUUGUCAGCUCUGUAGACCCCUCGCUGAUAAUACCUUUUACAGCCCCCCCCCCCCGAAACUCGCGUGCUGGGUAAAUACGAAUAACUCGGCCGAACAAGGAAAACCUCAUUCUUUCAUUGCGGAAAUGUUGUUGUUUUUUUCCCCCAUGUUGUGCAAAUACCAGAUACUGCCUAAAAAAACAUUUAGUCAGUAAAGCCCACGAAAGGAAUUUGUAAAUAAAUUUGACUUUUU